UCCCGUAUUUGAACUCAGAAAUAGGACAAACUUAAAGCCUUCAGAUCUGAGAAGUUAAAAAAUUAAAAUAGUUUUGAUCUAGCAAAUGGCCGAAAUGGCGGCUGCCAACAUGAAUAAGGGGGAGUUGAUGAGCCAGGUGAAGCAGCAGAUCGCACUGGCCAAUGCCCAGGAGAUGCUCUCGAAGAUGACGGAGAAGUGCUUCAAGAAGUGCAUCCAGAAGCCGGGCAAAUCGCUGGACAGCACCGAGCAGCGCUGCAUCUCGCAGUGCAUGGACCGCUUCAUGGACGCCUGGAAUCUGGUGUCGCGCACCUACGGCAAUCGCCUGCAGCGGGAGCAGUACAGAACGAUGGACUCGGUGGAGAUGAGCAACUAGGACCCUGAUUGCGAUCAUCUACCCUUCCUGUAAUUAAAACCGAAUUUAUUUUGUUUUCGACCCGGUCUCAACUCAA